AUGUCUUCUGAUGAUAAUGUGGUAGUAUUUGUCGUAGAGUCAGAAGUUGAUAAGUAUGGAGAGGAGAUCUCCCCUACUCUACACAAACUACUACCACAAAAAGCUACCUUAAUAUACGGACAUAGGUUGGAGGACUUCACGAGGCAGAUGCCUCAGUUACCUGCUCACAACAGGUGUAUGGUCCUAUGGGCAGCGGGAGAUCCUCGUGUCGUGGCUAGUCUUUUCCAACAUUAUGGUAUGGAUAAGCUGUCCUGGGUUCACUCCCUCUCAGCUGGUGUCGACAGCCUCGUCCCUGUUCUCGUGUCCAAUAAUCUUGCAGAUAAGAUAACUCUCACAAACGCCCGAGGUGCUUUCUCUAAGAGCUUGGCUGAAUACUCUCUCAUGUGUAUGUUGCAUUUCAAUAAGAAAGUUCCUAUGCUACAAAGACUUCAGAAAGAUAAGGUAUGGCGUAAAUUUAGAAUGCCCGUUUUAAGAGGGAAGACUGUUGGAUUCGUUGGUUUCGGCAGUAUAGCACAAGAGACUGCUAAAGUGUGCAGACCCCUUGGGAUGAGGAUCCUUGCAUUACGUAGUCGUAUAGAUGAUGGCCCUGGUAGCGAUUUAGCAGAUGAGGUACUCAAUAGUGGAGUACUUGAACAGAAGAACAAGUUGUUCCGUGAAUCGGACUUUGUCAUAUGCUCCCUCCGUGGUACGCCGAGUACUGACACUUUUGUGGUUCUCACGGAAGACUCUAAGCUGUGGAGUCUAGGACCUGAUAUGUUCUUGAUGAGCUCCCACUGUGCUGACUUCACCGAUGAUUAUCUGCCUCUUACCGUCGAUAUGUUCAACAAACUCCUCAAUGCAUUCAGCAGUGGUACUCCAGCAAAGGACCUACCGAACCAAGUCAACGUAUCCUCUGGCUAUGAUGGAGCUAUUCUCUGUGAUAACGAUGAGCUCACACCAUCAUUGGUCUCUAACAAGUCAUGGACGAUGGUUGAUGAUAGAGUAGAUAAUGAAGAUGAUGAUUAUAAUGAUGAUGACGAGGGUUAUCUUACCUCGGGGGGUCAUGAUAUCCUCAAUUCAGCUAAGGAUACUACCAUCCACGAGGAGAGGCAAAGAAGGUUGGCCCUCAUGCUCAGAGAGAGACUACCUGACUUGGUCACAGAAGAUAGUGUUGUGAUAUCAUCAUCAUCAUCUGAGGAGAAGGAGGAUGAGGAGACCUCAGAGAAGGCUUCAAAUGCAGGGAGCAGUAGUAAAUGUUCAUCCUUGGAUGAACUAGUAUGCAUGGUCCUACGUGAUAUGGGAUGCUGUAGUGGAGUAGCGGUAGUAGCAUCAACAUCUACGUUAUCUGCCGCGGCAUCAGUGGUCGAUAUUAAUGACAUUGAGGGGUUCACUAAUACCUCAACAAUGAGUUCACUCUUAUCCUUGUGCCGGAAGCAUCCUGUAGCUGCAGCAUUUAUGGGUUGCCUUGUGGUAUACCAUCUUACGGGUAUUGCCACGAGAGGGCUACUACGGAGACAGCGUCGACUCCGGCGGGAUUGCUUUCCACUUAUACUACCGACUCGAGGAGCUUCUUCUUGUGCAAGGGCGUCUUCGUCGUCAUCGUCGUUGUCGUGGAUGAUUAGGAGUAUUUUGACUGUGAUUGGAGGUACAGGAGGAGUAGUAGUACCAUCGUAUCCAUCAGAGUUGGUUAGAAGCAUAGACAUCAUACUUCAUUAG